UCGGGGAGCGCGGAGGGCGGAGCGAGGGGAGCGCGGGCCACCAACGCCACCGCCCCCGCCCUGCGCCGCCCGCGCGCAACAGUUCCCCCAAAGUUGCAGCCCCAAGGCGGGCCGCCGGUCGUGGGCGCCACGGUAUGGGCACCCGGCAGACCAAGGGCAGCCUGGCGGAGAAAGGCAGCCCCGGCGCGGCGCCUGGUCCCCGCCGCGAACGGCCCGACUUCUGGGCGUCGCUGCUGCUGCGCGCCGGGGACAAGGCGGGGCGCGCGGGCGCCGGCGCGGGACUACCCCCCUACCACAGGCGCGUUAGCAUGGUCCAGGAGCUGCUGAGGAUGGUGCGCCAGGGCCGGAGGGAGGAGGCAGGGACGCUGCUGCAGCACCUACGCCAGGACCUGGGCAUGGAGUCUACCUCGCUGGACGACGUUCUAUACCGCUAUGCCAGCUUCCGGAACCUGGUGGACCCUAUCACGCAUGACCUCAUCAUCAGCCUGGCUCGCUACAUCCACUGCCCCAAGCCGGAAGGUGACGCUCUGGGUGCCAUGGAGAAGCUGUGCCGGCAGCUGACAUACCAUCUCAGCCCCCACUCCCAGUGGCGGCGGCACCGGGGGCUGGUGAAGAGGAAGCCACAGGCCUGUCUCAAGGCUGUCCUAGCUGGAAGCCCACUGGACAACACAGUAGACCUAUCGGGCAUCCCACUGACCUCCCGUGACCUGGAACGGGUGAGCAGCUACCUGCAGCACUGUGGGGAGCAGGUGGACAGCGUGGAGCUGGGCUUCACAGGCCUCACAGAUGACAUGGUCCUACAGCUGCUGCCAGCACUCAGUGCACUGCCCCACCUCACCACGCUGGCCCUCAAUGGCAACCGGCUGACCCGAGCCCUGCUGCGUGACCUCACUGACACCCUUAAGGACCCCAGCAAGUUCCCCAGUGUCACGUGGAUUGACUUGGGCAACAACGUGGACAUCUUCUCAUUGCCCCAGCCCUUCCUGCUCAGCCUGCGCAAGCGCUGCCCAAAGCAGGGCCACCUACCCACCAUCUUGGAGUUGGGCGAGGGCCCAGGCUGUGGAGAGGAAGUCCGGGACGGAACAGUGGGCAAAGAGGACCCUGGAGGGGAGCUUCUGGCUCCUGCCAAGGACUAUGAGGGCAGGGAGACCACAGGUGCAGCUCAGACGUGACACGAAGUGGGGCCUUGUGGGGUAGGGUGGCUGAAGUAGACUAACAGCUCCUACCAGGGCACUCAAGCCAUCACCUAACACAGGCCUGGGCAAACCACCCAUGGGAAAGUCAGAUUGCAGAACCUGGAAAAGGCAGGUUGUGUAAUGCUUCUCACUGGUCUUCCCUCUUCCCCCUUGUUACCUUGGUUUGGCUGCUGAGAAGCUAUCCUUGGCCCAAAAGAAUCAAUCCUCAGCAUUCCUGGAUUUAGGGAGUGGGUAUGCUGGUAGCCUAAGAUGUGAAGAUGUGAGUGGGUUGUUAAAAGCUCUCUCCCAGGAGUGUAGUUGGGACCCUACAUCCAACCCUGGACUUCCCAAAUUCUACAUUACAGUUGUCCUGUUCAGGGCAGCAAACUCCAGGCAGGUAGAUGCUAACUGUGCCCCUGCUCCAGGCAUGUUGGAAUCUUAGCAGCGCUUCUGAGUGAGGGAGGUUGGGGUAGGGGACUGGCCACCAGGUUCCAGGAGCCUAGACUCCCUAUAAACUAUGAACUGAAGGCCAUCCACCUCAUGGAGCCAUGGGCUCCUUUUAACUGACUUUACAGGCAGUCUCUGCCCUCAUACCCAUGAUUCCAGAGGUCUGCCUGUGAAACCAGCCACCUUUCAAGAGUAUCCCAAGGUGGCUGGGGCAGACGCAUAAAAGGUCACUGCAAAACCCUAUGCCAUAAUCAUUCCACACACCACCACAGAUGACCAGACUGUCAUUCCCAGUGUUGUCCUGUGCAAGCCAGAGCACUGCCUCUUUAAGUAGGGUCUAAGGAUGCUUUUCCCAUAAAGUUCCAUGAGUCCCUAAGUAUCCUUGGCACUUUGAGCACAUUCCCAGAACCUACUAUGGAAGGCUAUUAUCAAACACCAAGGACCAAAAUGGUACUAAAAGCACUCCUAUAAAUUCACUGAAAACCUGCCUCCAAAGAUGGCUAGGGGGAGGAAAACUAGGCCCCCAAAAGCAAAGGUCUUCACCCACUGUUACCUAUGGCCUAUCAUUAUUAAAAAAAAAACAAAAAAAAAAA